AAAGACGGUUCCAGUUAUUCUGUCACAGGGCAGUAACUCGAACCUAAAAGCUUUAUUGGAAUUCUUGGUCUGACGUUUUCUUUGGGAAGUAAUCCAGGCGGUAAAAUGGAAUGGUGGAGUAUAGGAGAACAGCGCAUCGGAAAUUUAAACUUCCCGCAGGCAUUUCCCAGAGAGUCAGUGGGUCGGGACUUCCGCAGGAUACACAUUGAGAAUGGUUAAACCUGGCGGUUCUAGUUGGCAGCGCCGCUUUCUGCUGACAAUUGAAAACGACUGCACUGCAAACGGUUUUGCGGCGCUAUAUAAAUGCAGUUUGUCUUUACCGAGUUCAAGCUGUAACCAAUUAAUCAGCGCCUCCAGUAAUCAGGGCAUAGUUUGUUGCUUGCAUGUCUCAACAGUUGAUUUCCUAAAAUUCCGGGCUCAUUCUUUGACAUUCGCUGUCGACACUGAACCAUCCCCCAAGCGCAGGGUAUAACUAACCCACCCUUGCCUUAUGGCUUCAGUCUCCACCUUUCCUGACGUUUGAAACGCAUCCAGCCAAUCAUGCUCUUCUCCCCAGAUCUGUUUCCCGACAAGCUGGGGUCCUUUCACAUAUCCAACCCCCUCACCCAGUUGUGAUCUGCUCCCAAGAACACAAUGAUUAAAAGAUUCUCCAGCACCAUAACACUCUAUGGAAACAGCACUAAAACCCUGAAUGGUGCAUCCAGGCCACUCCUUCUAUUCCUCCCCUGGUAUGGAGCUAAGUGCCAUGCCAUGGAUCACUACCGGCAGAUUUAUUACCCAUAUGGCUUCGACAUCCUGAGCGUGGAAAGCAGCAUCUUGCACUUUCUGUGGCCACAGUAUGGCUUGUCCUAUGCAUCUGAGGUAUUGGACCUGCUCCAGAGCGAGCCUUUCUCCUCACGCCCCCUUCUCAUUCACGCAUUCUCCAUCGGAGGAUUCCUCUUUGCCGAAAUGCUGAUAAUCACACAGAGAGAUGUGCCACGUUACUCAGGCUUUGGGUCGAGGAUUAUGGGCCAGAUUUUUGACAGUUUGGUUGCGGGAGAUGUGGAACUCCUUGCGAAUGAUAUCCCACAGGUGCUGGCUCCUCCCAUCCUCCAGCCAUUCUUCAAAAAGAUCACACUUUUCUAUUUCUGGCUUUUGAGUGGUUACACAGUCAAGCAUUACCAAGCUGGCAUCAGAGCCUUCUGGGAAAUACAGUACCAUACCCCCAUUCUGUUAUUCUACAGUGAGAACGAUCCAUUGAGCAACUACAAGAAAUUAGAGGCCAUGCUGUUUCACUGGCAGAAGAAAGGCAUUCCUGCAAUUGGGAAAAGCUGGAAGAUGUCCUGCCAUGCUGGGCAUCUGCGGCAGCAUCCUCAGGAAUACCGAAGCACUUUGCAGAAUUUCCUGCAGUCCAUUGGCAUAAUCCAUUUGCCAUCCAAAUUAUGAACGACAGUAAAAAGGACCAGGGAACUGAGGAGCUGCAUGUCUGAACAGCAUUAAUGCAUUCUGAUUUGAUUCCUUUCACAUCCUCUUGGACUCCUAAUAGAAAGUUUCUAUAAACUUGUUGGAUAAAAUUAAUAAAAAAUUCUAAUAUUUACAUGUGGGUGGGUGUUUAGUUGGAAGAAGGGGAAAUUUUAAAACUUGCUAUCAGGCCCAGUGCAAAACGUGAAUUGCUAAUUCAUUUACAUACAUUGUCAAACGUGUCCUCAUUAUUGAAUUAAUAGAAGUGGUUCCUUGAUGGAAAAAGAAUUGGUUUAAUUUCACUGAAUAGGUUCUUGUGUGAUUGGGAUGGUGCUAUCACCAGGAUAUACUUGUUAACUUUUCUUUCUUUUGUGGGAUUGUCAUUUUUGAAGAUACCUCCACAUCUCUACCUCAAAGUUUUAAGUGAUACGUCCAACACAGAAAAAGUGUAAAAAGACAAAGUUGAAUUUUACUUAAGAUUUUUCAGAAAUGAUUAUUUGAAUACUAUGAUAUCAAAUAAAAGGUCACUUGAAUAUAAACCAAAAAAUUGAGCACAAGAUGAAGAUAACAUUGAAGAUUUUUGUGAAAAGUUAGACUUGGAACUUAUUCUGAAAUUGUCUGGAUGUGUUUCUUACUGUGUUUGGUGUAUGUUUAUAUAUUUGUGAAUCUCGAUGGCUUUGAUCAGAUUCAGAGAAAUUAUAUGUCUUUUUAAUGUUAGCUCUGGCUCAGUUAGCAGCAUGCUCAUCUCUGAGUUACAAGUUUGUGGAUUAUAAUCCUGCUUGAGUCUUGAGCACAAAAAUUAAGCACAACACUCUAGUGGAGUACUGAAGGAGUAUUUACAAACUGAGACCUUGUCUAUUUUCUAAGGUGAAAGUAAGAUAUCCCAAGAUCCUAUUUUGAAGAACAGCAGGGAAGGUAGCACGGUGAUGGAAAUGUGUUGCUGGAAAAGCGCAGCAGGUCAGGCAGC